AUGGAGGCGAUUGGGACAGCAAGAGAUCGGUCUAGGACCAGGCCGAGCAUUUUUCACAAGCAAAGGGUCAUAUUUCCCAUCUUUAACUUGGCUACAUUUGUGGAAUACUUCAACGUCCAGUUUCUGUUUGCCUCAAUGAGAGGUUUGGAGAUGUCGUUGGGCUUCUCACCUGAAAUGCUCUCGAGGUUCGCCAUGGUUGAGGAACUCUCCUUGGUCUCGUUUAUACCAGUUUGGGGUAUCCUUUCUGAUAUAUACGAGCUCAAGUAUCUCUUGGGUUUUGCUCUAUUCAUGUCUGGCACACUGUCAGUUGUCUUGAGUCUUAUUUCAAACUAUGGAUUUAUGUUGUUUAUUCGCAUUCUCAACGGUGCAACAAUGGGAAGUGUAACUCCAUCGACACAAAAGUACGUUGUUGGAAUGAAGAGCAUCGACCUAGGGUUGGCAUUUGGUAUACUGCAUGCAACAAUGUGUGCUGCUAGAUUGAUAUGUUCCAUUCUUAUAACAAAGCUAGCGUCGACUGUAUUUUUUGGGAUAUACGGUUGGAGAAUUUGUUCGCUAGUCUUUGGUAUUUUUUGCAUCAUGAUAUCACCGCUCCUUCUCCUAAUGCCAAAGUUUCAUAGAGACCUCCCUCCAGAUCCAAGUGAUACCGAAAAGGUUCCCCUCAAGUUACGCAUACAGAAACUGUUGAAAUUUUUGUAUAACAAUUUGCGUGAAGCUUUCAGAACGACAACCUCAAAGAUUUUGCUGGUCUUGAUAUUUUUUUCCGAUGGCCCGUUUUUGACCUUUUCAUUCAUCACCCUCUACUUUCAAUACGAGGGUCUUUCUGACCUCAGGGCAGGUGUAUCUACGGGAUUGAUAAUUAUCGGAGGUUUGGUUGGGGGUGUAAUUGGGGGUUUUACCUCUGACUACCUUCAUAAAAGAUCAGAGAAGUAUGGAAGGUUGAUUUUUGGAAUUGUAGCUACUGCUGUGAGGAUGGUCUCUUUGUCUACAGCAUUUUACGCCUUUAAUAGACACAACGUCUACCAAUUCUAUCCCAUUCUUGCAAAACUUUUGUUUCUCAUUGGGGCAAGUUUUGCGACGGUAAGUUGUGUGGACCGUGCUAUUUUGGCGGAUGUUGUUCACCCAAGAUAUCAGAGUUCAGCCAUUGGAUUCUGUCGUUGUAUUGCCGGAAUUGGGAGUAGCAUAACGUUUGCCCCUCUACUUGGGAUACUAAUAGAGAGAGUAUAUGGAUAUGUGCCUAUAACGAUUGACUUGAAAUAUGUACCGAUGGAAUUGAUUGAAAAAAAUGCAUACGCCUUGAGAAAUUCGAUUAUGAUUGUAAACGUGGGAACAACUUUUAUAGUUCUUCUCUUGUACAUAGUAUUAUGUUUUUCAUUCGGUGCCGAUGCGGAAUGCAUUCGUGAAAAGACCCGUUUAAAGGAGCGUGAAGUUAGUAUCGACCUCUGA